UUGGGUCUUUGGGUCACACUGGAGUCCAUCUGAACCCUGCAGAACUCAGACCUGAAGGAUUUAGUCUUUGUGGACUUUGGAUUUCCCUGAGUGGACGACACUUGAAUCCAUUGAAGAUGAGACUUUCAUCGGCAAAGCGGCCUGAAGGGAUGUCCCUGCUGCUCCUGCUAUUGCUCACCCAGAGGACCGUUUCCAUGGCGAUGCAUCCCAACGCCACGGGUUGGCAGCACAUCCUGGACAAGUACCUGGACGAGGACGGCGACUGGUGGCAGGCCAAGCAGCGGGGAAGGCGGGCCAUCACCGACACCGACGCUCAGCUCAUAUUGGACCUUCACAAUAAACUCCGAGGUCAGGUGUACCCCCCCGCAUCCAACAUGGAGUACAUGGAAUGGGACACGGAGUUGGAGCGCACGGCAGAGGAGUGGGCCGAGACCUGUCUGUGGGAGCACGGUCCUGCAGGUUUACUGCCACAGAUCGGGCAGAAUCUGGGCGCUCACUGGGGGAGGUAUCGGCCCCCCACCUUCCAUGUUCAAGCCUGGUACGAUGAAGUGAGGGACUACUCCUACCCCUACCCUCAGGAGUGCAACCCCUACUGCCCAUUACGAUGCUCUGGCCCCGUCUGCACGCAUUACACCCAGCUGGUAUGGGCCACCAGCAGUCGCGUUGGCUGUGCCGUCAACUUGUGCUACAAUAUGAACGUGUGGGGGCAGAUCUGGGCCAAAGCCGUGUAUCUGGUGUGCAACUAUUCACCAAAGGGUAACUGGUUGGGCUACGCGCCCUACAAACACGGGACCCCCUGUUCCGCGUGCCCUCCCAGCUACGGAGGCGGCUGCAAGGACAACCUGUGCUACAAAGGUGGCUACACCAACCCCCCGCCAGAGGAAAGAGAAGAAAACAACUUUAUUGAGCCCGAGCAAGUCCGUACCACACAGCAGAUCCGGCCCCGGGUUUCCAGACCUGAGACUCCCAGUCUUCCUGCCCCCGCCCCCACCAAGCCCCCCACAGAGCUGCUGCCAAAGAAUGAAGUGGUCAACACACAGCAGAUGUCUCAGCUGGUGACGUGUGACACAAAGCUUCGAGAUCAGUGCAAAGGAACCACCUGCAACAGGUACGAGUGCCCGGCCGGAUGCUUAGACGCGACAGGAAAAGUGGUCGGGACGGUUUACUACGAAAUGCAAUCCAGCGUGUGCCGGGCCGGCCUACACGCCGGCGUCAUCGACAAUGACGGAGGGUGGAUGGAUGUCUCAAGACAAGGGAGGAAGGACUUUUUCAUCAAGUCCAACAAAAAUGGAGUUCAGUCGCUGGGGAAAUAUCAGAGCGCUAAUUCAUUCACAGUCUCCAGAGUAGCAGUCAAAGCAAUCACAUGCGAGAUAACAGUCGCGCAACUGUGUCCGUACCAACGGCCUGCCAAGCACUGCCCCAGGUUAUACUGCCCAAGGAACUGUUUAGAAGAGAACCCAAACAUAUCCAGAGUCAUCGGCACCAACAUAUACUCCGAUAAAUCAAGUAUUUGUCGGGCGGCGGUCCACGCCGGGGUCAUUCGGAACGUCGCAGGUGGUUACAUCGACGUGAUGCCGGUAGACAAGCGGAAACUCUACAUAGCGUCCAAUCAAAAUGGCGUCAUCUCAGAAAGUCUUCAGAACCCGGCCGGAGGGAAGGCGUUUCGAGUGUUCGCCGUGAUUUGAGUGCCGCCCCCUCCGCCCCCAUCACCACCUCACCAUCCCACUGAGGGCGGCGUGCCCACACGGACGGCGCUAAUCAAAGCCUGUUGUCAAAGUCAACGACUGAAAAACCUUUUCCAGCCUUUGCUACACAUGGGCAAGGAGGGGGGGGGGGCGGAGGUCGUCUCCAUGACAGCAUAAACAAACACUUGCCACAUAUACGAUGAGAAGAAGCUGUCAGGACUCUCAUGAUAUUCUGCCAGCUUCAGUCAAGUGUAAAUAUAUGAUAGCAGGAAUGCUUUGCCGUAUACGUUUUGUACAUACUGGAUUUGUCCGUUGGGUUUUUGGGAGUUGGACAAUAUUAUUUUUUGGCAAAAAAGCCGAUAUGGGACGUCACUAAUGAUAACAAAUCUAGAUUUGAAUUAUAUAAUUUUUUUUAUGUACUGUAUAUAAUUUUUUUUAAAUGGCAAAAUAUAAUAGCACUUAAGUUGGGUACAUUUUUACUGGAACUUAUGUCUUUUUGUACUUUUUAUUUUGAUAUGUAUGGGCACCACAAUUUACUCCAUCUAUUUUUCUAAUGUACCACCUGGGUGUAUAAAGAAUGCUGCUAUACUGUAUGUAUCUAUAUAUUUACAUGAUGUUCUCUCUCCCUGCUGGCAGGAAGUACAGUCGCCCUUCAGAGUCUUUUAUUCUAAUGUUUGACGUUGUUUUGUUGCUUUUGUAGCCCCUCCCCCUUGCUCCCAAAAUGUCACAUCCGCAACACAGAUAAAGACCAACAUGAUGAUGAUGGUUAUAUCUUAUGUAUAAUUCAUGGAUAAAGCGUACGUAUAGCUCUCAUCUGUCUGACAAUCACGCUGAUUUUCACUUGUGUGUCGCAGUCGGUAUAUUUUCCUACCUCAGCUUAUUAGGGAAACUCAUUUUGCAAUAAAAUACUACAA